AUGGCCCAUACAGACAAUAGCGACCUCGAUCCAGUAUGGCAAGAUCUCGACCGUGCCAUUGGACAGAUCCUGAUAAUGGGCUGGGAUGGCACUGAAGUUACCCCCCAGAUCAGGAGCCUCAUUGAGGAUCAUCACCUUGGUUCCAUUAUACUUACAGCCAAGAACCUUAAAUCUGCUCAGCAAACAGCAGAACUUGUCCAGGAAUUACAGACCAUUGCUAAGAAUGCUGGUCAUUUACAACCUCUUCUCAUUGCCCUCGAUCAGGAGAAUGGAGGAGUCAACAGUCUUUUCGACGAAGACUAUGUAUGCCAAUUUCCCAGUGCCAUGGGCGUCGCAGCUACUGGUCGAGCCGACCUAGCAUAUGAAGUGACCAAGGCUACUGCCACUGAGAUCUCGGCCUGUGGUGUCAACCUCAUGCUAGGACCCGUCCUUGAUGUACUGAAUAAUGCUCGCUACCAGCCUUUGGGAGUGCGUGCUACCGGAGAUGACCCCCAAGAAGUAUCACAAUAUGGCCUGGCGGCUCUACGAGGAAUUCGAGAUGCUGGAAUUGCUUCAUGUGGAAAGCAUUUCCCAUCAUACGGAAAUCUGAACUUUCUGGGCUCAAACCUAGAUGUGCCCAUUAUCACUCAGACACUAGAGGAACUCAGCAUCAGCGCUCUGGUUCCAUUCCGAAAUGCCGUUGCCUCGGGAAAAUUAGAUGCUAUGUUUAUUGGAGGCUGUGGCAUAUCCAAUCCGUCCAUGAAUGUGAGUCAUGCUUGUCUUUCAGAUCAAGUUGUGGAUGAGCUCUUGCGCGAUGAACUUGGAUUCAACGGAGUUGCAAUCUCAGAGUGCUUGGAGAUGGAGGCUCUCAGUCAUGAACUUGGUGUCCAGAAUGGUGUUAUCAUGGCCGUCGAAGCAGGCUGUGAUCUUGUCCUCCUCUGCCGUGCCUAUGACGUCCAACUUGAAGCUAUCAAAGGCCUGAAGCUCGGUUAUGAAAAUGGUAUUGUGACGAAGGAGCGGAUUUUCACCUCUCUGAGAAGGGUACUUAACCUGAAAACGACCUGUACCUCUUGGGAGAAGGCGUUGAACCCUCCAGGCAUUUCUUUGCUUUCUCAACUUCACCCAUCUCAUCUUGCUCUAUCACUCCAAGCCUACGAUGAUUCCAUCACAAUCAUUCGAGAUAAGGAGAAACUUAUCCCACUCACAGCCUCAAUGCAUCCCGGAGAGGAGCUCCUCUUAUUGACACCUUUAGUCAAGCCGCUGCCUGCAUCUUCACUCACCAAAAAGCUGCUGGCAGCCAAAGACAACCAGAAUCAAGCAGAAGGGCAACAUGAGAUGUGGGCGCAUAAUGGUCGUGACCGAAGCGCGAUAUUGAGCGGAGAGGGGGUUUUCCGAGAAUUUGGCAAAUCUCUUGCUCGAGCUCGUAAUGAAAAGUUACUCCACACAAGCUAUACGGCUAAUGGAGUCCGUCCAGUUCACGAAAACCUGAUCCACAGAGCAUCUUGUAUCAUUAUUGUCACGGCUGAUGCCAAUCGAAACCUUUAUCAAGCUGGUUUCACCAAGCAUGUUGACAUGAUGUGCUCUAUGCUUCGAACCAGGGGUCAGAAAAAGCAACUGAUCGUAGUGGCAGUCAGCUCUCCGUAUGAUUUUGCAAUGGAUAAAUCCAUUGGCACAUACCUCUGCACCUUCGACUUCACCGAGAACGCUCUCCAUGCUCUUGCAAGGACACUGGUUGGAGAAAUUGCGCCCCUUGGAACUCUCCCCGGUACACUGCGUAAGAGCAAGAAGGUUCUCAAGUCCAGACAACACUGGCUGGUAGAAGAAUACAGUGCGAAACGUGACGCAUCUGCUUUGAACGACCUACUUCGAGCUGUUCACCGAGCAAGCGCACCAGACCUGCAGUUUCUACGCACAACAACUGCUGCUUCCUUUCAGCUCAAUAAUGCCAAUAUUGCAGAAUCACAUUUUGUGGUUAGAAACAGCAGCACUAACGCUUUGUACGGCUUUGCUGCUACAUACUUUGUUCACGGUGUUGGUAUCCUUGGAGGUGUCUUUGUCGAGCCCACCAAACGUGACGUAUCGAUCGGAAGGUCCCUUCACCGACGGGCGCUCAGAAGUCUCAUGCAGCGACGAGGAAUCAAGCAAGUCCAGAUAGGGUCAGCUUUCCCUGGGGUUUUCCUAGGUAUUCCCAACGAUGUCGAGGUCAACACAAUCAAAGAGUGGUUUGCGAACAGCGGCUGGGAUGUUCAGUUUCCACGACGCGUCUCAAACAUGAUCUUACAGGAUGUGGCAAGCUGGUCUGCCCCAGAGGGUUUGUCCCAGAGCAUUCAAAGAGCCGGUAUUAGCUUUGACCUGAUUCAUGAUUUGGACAACGCGGAUGGUGUUCUCAGCCAUGUCCGUAACAACGCAAAUCCUGAGGUAUUAGAGCUGUACCGCCAUGCGCUGUCAGAAUCGAAGUUGAGUGGGAUCGUGCGGGCCAAGGAUGCGACAGGUGCCUUGUUGGGUACGAUCAUUGUUUGCAAGCAGCGCAGUCCAUUGGAAACUCAUAUUCCUUCGUUGGUGUCACGCUCUGAGGACAUCUGUGGCAUUAUUGCUCCAGUUGUACCUCUUGGACCACAAUCAACUCUCGCUUUACAAGGCUUGACGCUCAUGGGCAUUCGUCAGGCCAGGAGUCACAAAGCUACAAAAGUGGUUCUUGGUUGGGUUGUGGAUGAUGGUUCCGAGUCCCUCACAGCGAUGGGCUUUGAGACACUCCAAGAGUUCGAGGAAAUCACAAACUCCCCAGAAAAUGUAACUAUCCCUCACUUCUAA